CUGAUUGGUCUCUGUGUGUUCCCGGGUCUCCGCAACUGGUCUCGGGCCGCAAAGCGUUGCUAGGAUACAUUGCAACAAACGUGUCCAUCGUUACUGGAUACAGUCCUACAGAAAACAUUCCGUCAAAGGCACAUUUGUACACAACGACGUUGUAAAACUGUCUAGAGACAACAAGAAAAGUGCCAUGCAACUUUCUGUGAGCUCUGAAUGCUGUUUUUUAGAUUCAUACGAUUGAAACCAAAAUACAUUCAGACCCAAAUGGCAACUGCGUCUGUUGUCCGGUAUGGUCGAAGGAGUGGGUCCAGCAAAACAACGCUAGCAGUUGAGAAAAAAAAGCUAUGCAACCACCAGAUCUUCGACAAGUCACUGUUUUGCCCAAAGCCGAAUGGCUCCGAAUUCAUGGUAGUUUGAAUCAAGGGAAUAAAUUCAACGAGAGUCUAAAGGAAGCAACCAAACAAAGAGAAGCUAUGCACCUGAGGUCCAAGGAGGUGGUGAAAUUCUGGUCAAACACAAUAGCUGGACAAAGACAAAAGAAACUGGAGGCAAAGAGGAUUCGGGAGGAACUUGAAGAAGAGGAGAAGAAGCAGAUGGAUAUUGAGGAGGCUAAAUAUCAGGCGCAAAAGAGGAAAGAAGCUAUUGAAAAGGCCAAAACUCAACAGUACUACGAGACUGAUCGUGUGAAAGGAUUUCAUAGUGCACUCUUGCUGACAGAGGUCCUGAAGGAAAGGGAGGCCCAGAUAGAACUAAAACAGAGAAAGCAGGAUACCUCCAAAGAUGUGGACAAGGAAAUCAUGGCUAUCAUUAAGCGUAGAGAGGAUGAAGCUUUGCAAAAGGAGCAGCAGAAAGCUUUGCAGAGGAAGCUUGACAGCCAGGCCACAGCAGAAGACUUAAAACAGCAGGCAAAGGAACAUGAGAUGAAUAGAGAACGGGAGAAACUGGAAAACAAGAAAGAGGCAGAGGAACUCCAGCGACUAAAAGAGCUUUUUCUGUGGGAGCAAUGCAUGCAGGAACAAAAGAAAGAGGAGCAGAAGAGAAAUACCAUGAAAGCUCACAUGGAGCAUCUCUCUAACAGAGAUAUCAUUAGAGCAAUAGAGGCACAAAAGCAAGAGAUGGAGGAGGAGCGCAGGAGGCUUUUUGCAAAUGCAAAACAGAAAAUGGUGAAGUUGAGGAAAGACAAAGAGGAAGAGAUGUUCAGAGAGGUCCAAAUGCACAGGGAGGGGAUCAUGAAUAAACUGGCUGCAAAACAGCAGGAGCAGACGGAUAAUGAGGAACUCAUCGCCAAGGCUAUUGCUCAACGGGAUGCCAGACAGGCACAGCAGCAGAAGGAGAAAGAUGACAAGAGGACGGCUAUGCUGAACUCAAUUGCCUCACACAGAGAAGCCAUGAAAGAAGAACAGGAGCAGAAGGAAAGAGAACACAACGAGAGAGCCAUUGACAUGCUUUAUGCCAAGAAAGAAGCCGACAGAAUAUUUAUUGAAAAACAACACCUGAAGGCACAGAAAAUAAAAGAGGAUGGAAGAACUUUACAAGACAUCUACAUUCAUCAAAUGGCUGAAAAACGUGCCAAGGAACAGCACAUAAGAAAGCAACAACAGGACUUUGAGACCAAAAAUGCAGAGCUCAUUGCUGUGGAGGAGAAGCAGUUCCAGCAGUAUGCAAAGAAUGUGAUCAAUACAGCCACCGAGGCCAAGAGAAAUAUUCACCCACUCUGCAAAGCUGCCAGGGAAGGAAUUGGAGGUGGUCUUGGCCCCAUCUUUGGAGGAGUGAGACCAAGUUACUUGGUUCAAGAUGACACUGGUGUCCAGAUGCCCAAUUACGUCGGCAGUAGAUCUCAGGACGUCAAAGAGCUGAAUGAGACAUGUGAUAUUCAGCAAUCCAAGAAAAGACUUGGAUUCACAUGGUAAACGUCUGUUGAAAAGAGUAACAUGGUCAGGUGAAGCAUGAUUAGAAAAACAAUAAACCAAUGGAAUUCAGCAUUUCCUAAGCAUUUAUUUCACACUCAAAAAACCCACACUUGAUAGGCAAGUUCUUGACUGACCUAGCGGGAUGAUUGCGGUCUUUUCAGCACUCAAAGAUGAUUCAUCUCAGAAAUAUGGAAAUGUAGAGAUGGUGUAUAACUAAUGUCUCUGAAAUUAGAUUUUGUUUAGUUUUGUUAUUUUACAUAAUAUACAUACACACAAUUCAAUUAAAACUAGUGCACAAAUUGGGAAACAAUGCUGAUAAUUCCUAGCCUGGUCCUAGAUCUGUACCUACAUGACAAAGAUAGUCAAGAGUUGGCUAAAGCACAGAUCUGGGACCAGGAUAUAUAGUUCAACGGUUUCAUUUUAAUACAUAUGAUUCACCCAGAUUAAAAUGUGACGUGUCAAUGUUAUCUUUAUAUCUAUUGUAUCAGUUGUCACUCUUCUGUGAAACAUUAUAAUAAACAAUCUAUAGGCAACAUA